UUGUACUCUGUUUGACAGAAGAGAGGGGAAUGUGUUGUUCUCCGCGAAUGCGAACGGUUUAUGUUAAUAGUCUUUCCAAAUGAUCGUGCUGUUUGAUGGGAAAUAGUGAACGGAAAAAUUUCAAGAUUGCAGUUCGUCGGACGAUACUGCGCUUGAAAAUUCCUGGCAACGGAUAGUACAAAAUGAAGCCUUUAAUCGAGUUCGAGGAAUGUUUGCGAGACACGCCAAAGUUUCGAUCCUGCAUCGAGGAAGUAGAGGCAAACGUUGAUCUACUCGAACAAAAAUUAGACAAGGUGUUAAAAAACUGUAGCCAGAUGAUUGACACUGGAAAACUUUUUGUAGGACAGCAAAGCCAAUUUGCCAAUAGCCUGUGGGAAUUAUCUCUUUACUUUACUGAUGAUUCAGAGAUAAUGGCCUUACUCAAUAAACUAAUUCAUGCUUUACAAGAAAUGAACAAGUUUCAUACUAUUUUAUUAGAUCAAGCAUCUAGAACAGUAAUUAAAGAUCUUAACUCAUUCAUCAAAAGUGACAUUAAGAGGGUGAAAGAAUCUCGCCAUUACUUUGAAAAAAUCUCUGCAGACUUAGAUAUAGCAUUAAACCGAAAUUCCCAAGUUCCAAAGUCCAGACCGGCAGAGUAUGAAGAAACUUCAAAUAUUUUAUCAGCUACGAGAUCCUGUUUCCGGCAUACAGCUUUGGAUUAUAUUCAUUCUUUAACGAUGAUACAAGCGCGUAAGCGACAUGAAAUAUUGGGUACCCUACUUAAUUAUAUGAAUGCGUGUAUUACUUAUUACCAUCAAGGUAGCGAUCUAGCGCAAGAUUUGGAUCCAUUUCUAAAAGAUCUCGGGGAGAACUUAAUUAAAAUGAGGGCCGAUUCCGUAAAACUCGAGAAAGAAAUGGAAAAUCGGCAUAUUUACGUUACGAAUAGAGACUUAAUACCUUCUCCAGUACCUAGUAAUCCUAAGAUGGAAGGCUACCUCUUUAAACGCACUAGUAAUGCAUUUAAAACAUGGAACAGAAGGUGGUUUUGUUUAAGAGACCAUCAACUAGUAUAUAGAAAAAGGACUGGUGAUAAUGAUUUCACUAUUAUGGAAGAAGAUCUUCGUCUUUGCACUGUGAAACCAGUAGUUGACUGUGAUAGAAGAAAUUGUUUCGAAGUAUUAAGUCCUACAAAAAGUCACAUAUUACAAGCUGAUAGCGAAGAAGCUUAUUUAGCAUGGGUAACUGCCAUGCAGCAAGCGAUUGGUGCUGCCAUUCAAAGAGGUAUGGGUGCUGGUACUAUAGUUAGCAUACGAGAAUCACAGUCACAAAAUGUUAGAGGAUCGAACAGGCAACAGACAAAACCGAAAUCAAGAGUCUGGGAGCAAAUCCUAAAAAUUGCUGGAAAUGAUACUUGCUGUGAUUGUGGUGGUGCUAAUCCAAGAUGGGCCAGUAUCAAUCUUGGAAUUACACUUUGCAUAGAAUGCUCUGGAGUGCAUAGAAGUUUAGGGGUUCAUUAUAGUAAAGUUCGUUCUCUGACGUUAGAUGACUGGGAACCAGAGAUACUAAAAGUAAUGGCAGAGCUUGGAAACACUGUAGUGAAUAAUGUUUAUGAAGCUCUACCAAUACCUUCUAAUAUUAUUAGAGCUACUCCAAAAUGCAAUGGUAAUAUACGUGAAGCUUGGAUAAGAGCGAAAUAUGUAGAGCGUAAAUUCGUGAAGCCUUUAAGCAACAUGAUCUCGUCUGGGCAACACACGAGUCGCGAUAAAAUGCAUUUUCGCAAAUGGAGUGUCCGUAAAUUGCGUCGUCGACCGCGGAGUUGCGACAAAAUCGAUAGCGCUAACCGCAACAAAACAACAACGUUAUCAUCCGUAAAAGAGGGUCAUCAUUCGACGAGUUCUGACGACAGCAAAUAUACAUCGAUCGAAAGUUUGAGUUCGGUCGAUAAAGCGAAGAAAACCGAGAGAAAUUCAUUAAGCUCGGACGACAGCACGAAUAUGGAUCUAAAGAAUGAUUCUACACUGUAUGGGAAAAUUUUAGCACGGCCACGUAGCGACAUAAACGAAAGUAAUCCUAAGGCUGUCGAUAGCAAUACGGAAUCGAACAUCGAGAACGAACUUCUUAUUCCUGAAAUCAAGGACAAUACGAUUGCCACGAGCAAUUCGGAGAAUAGCCUGUCGAUAAAAAGCGAAGUGUCCUUAAGCACAGAGGUAUCCGAUGUGAAAGAUACGUUUGAGAAUAAAGACGCGGGAACGGAAAAACAGUGUAAAAUAGAAUCCGACGUGUUAAUGUUCGGAUGCGAUUUACCAAAGCCAACGAUCGAUAAUAGCUUAGAAUUAAGUUCUGACCAAGAUUCGACUGCCGGCGAAGAUGAAGAGUUCACAGACGAGGAGGAUAUCGAGAAUUUGCAUCCUGAGAUGCUUCUUUACAAAGCUGCUGCAGCACACAAUCUUCCUGUGAUGUGCGCAGCUUUGGCAGCUGGUGCUGAUAAGUCAUGGACGAAUGUUAACGACAGAGGAAGAAACGCUCUGCAUCAGGCAAUUAUAAGUGGUUCUGUGAUGUCUUGUGAAUAUCUGAUUCUGAAUGGAGCACGUAUUAAUUGUCAAGAUGCUGAUGGGAAAACACCACUGUACUUGGCUACGGAAUUAGGCCAUACUGCCCAAGUAUGUUUGUUACUAAAACAUCGCGCCGAUCAACAUAUCGAAGAUGAAAGUGGUGUAAAGCCACUGUCAAUAGCUGUAAAAGAAGCUAAUGCGGACAUUGUUACGUUAUUGAGACUUGGUCUUCUAAACGAAGAGAUGAAAGACUCGGAGAUCGGAAUCAGCGGCGAUGAAACUUUCAACGACGUCGUUCGCGACUUCAGCCAGCUAGCUUGCUCUCAUCCAGAACGACUGCAACGACGAAAUGAAAGUAACAAUCCGUCGCAACCGCCCGAAUGAGGUUUAAGAACGUGCAAAGUUUAUUUGCAAAAUCUAAAAAGCAGGCUACAACGGAAGGAGAAGAAGGAGUGCGGUACAUCGAAAAUGUCGUCUUUCAGUUCCUUGCAGGGUAAUAAAGUUGAUUAAUGAGUAAUGAAGUAAGUACGAAGAACGUGAUCCGAAGCUUUACGAUAUAAACAAUCGAAAACGAGAAACAAAGACAACACCGUGGAAGUCGUACCUUUUAAACUUUGAUCUCUGUGCGACAAAGGUUUAUUGAAAUUUAUUAGCAUUUUGUAUUCCUAUUAAAGAAAAAGAGAAAACAACACAUAGCUAGAGAAGUAUCACAUGUACUGCGCGCGCGCGAGAGAGACAGAGAGAGAGAGAGAGAAGAAAGAAGAAAAUAUUAUAUUUUGCUUACACGGGAAAUUUACGCUGUCCAGUGAUAAAAUAUUAAGAUGCCAAUCUUUUUGUAUACCUUCCCUCCUGGUUUCCUACCAAAUAUACAGAAAGAAAUGUCGCGAUAAUAAUUUGUGCGCGCGCUCUGUAUAUAUUUUAAAGACGAUCUUACAGAUUUAAACAAAUUUCACAACAGAUAUACCAUAUAGCAUAAAUGCAACCUGGAAUUUGAAAAACUUUUACGAAUACCUAUGGCAAAGUGUAAAUUGUAUUACUAAGUAGAUAUUUAUAUAUCGUUUAUGUGAUACGAAAGAUACGUGACAAAGUAGUUUUAAAUUCUACAUUAUGAAAAAGUUAAUGGCCGACGCGUUUUCGAUAUGAUAUGGUCUAGCGGUGGAAGAACAAUUUUAUACAUAUAUCUGUUUUUAUAUACUUAACACUACCAGCGAUGUAUGUGCGACUGGUACUAAGAAACUUAUUCUUUCUUUUUCUUUUUUUUUUUUUUAAUUAAAAGUAGUGAUUUCGAUGCUAUAUAAUUAGCAUCGAUUUAAUUGUGACAUUAUAAAUACAUAGAAUUAUGUAGUUUAUCUAAUAGUUACAUUUAUAAAAAAUUGUAAACUGCACCUAUUAGAUUACCAAAAUAGAAUAACAAUAAUUCUAUAUAGUUCCGUAUUAUAUAUAUAUAUAUAUAUAUAUAUAUAUAUAUAUCGAAUUUGUUGCCAAAAAUUAAUCAUUUGUACAUACAAACUUGUAGAUCUGAUCGCUAUCUGAUGUUAAUUCUUGAACAAAUGCUUUACUUGUGCAAAUCCUCUAAAGUUAACACUCGAGAAACAUUAUUUAAAGAAACAUAUAAAAAGUAUUUGCAUUUACAACAUGUUUAUAACAGGUUCAAUUUCAUUCUGCUUGCUGCGUUUUAUCCAUUUAGGACGGUUGAAUUAGUGUUCUUUGUUUGUGACUUGUACAACGAAUAAGUUAUGCUUCCUUUUGUGCAUAUUUUAAUACUAUAUAACUAACUAUGUUGAACAGUAUUUAUGAGAAAUUUAUAGAGUAAUGCAUGAUUUUCAGUCUACUUGUACGUAAUAGAAAAAAGAAAUUUAUAUAAGAAUUGAAAAAAAAGAAACAAUACCAAUCAUUGUUGAAUAUUUUUUCAUUGUUUAAGUAGAGAGGCUUUAUUGAUAGUUACGAUUCAAUGGUACAAUGUUGUGAUCAUUGACAUAGCUUUGUAAAACUUCUUUCGACGAGAGCUUUUAUGAAAACGAUGGGCGAAUGAUUUUCAGGUUUGAUAUAUUUUUUUAUUUGAUAUAGUAUUACCAUAGUUUCUUUUUCGAAUCUGGUAUUCGAUUAUUCGAUAUAAGAAUCUUGUUUAAUUAAGAAACAAGACUACAGUGGCGUAAGCAUAAUUCUAACGAAAUGAGAUACUCAUCGUUGCACAAGCGAAUAGCAGCAACAAAACUCUUCUAUAAUCUAUUUUUUAAUCUACGAUAUACUAGUAUUUUAUUACUUGUUGUUUUUACGCAAAGUAAUUUUAAGAAAAAACGAAGAAAUCUUUCGAUUUCGUGACUGUGCGUUUUUCUACGCUUUGUUACGAAUGAUUUUUUAUUACUCGAAUUUUCAUAUAUUAUAAAAAUUCUUUUCGUAUGAAAAAAUUAAUUCUAGUACUUGUAUUUUGUACUUAGUUCUUUUUUUUACCCGUUUUAUACGUACAAUUGACAGAAAGGAAGGACGUUUAAACUAAAGGAAAAUAACGAUAUUACAAAUUGUUUCCAUUACGAAUAAAAAACGUCUUCCAAGAACACAAUUUCUUUUCUAGAAAUGGUAAUAUCAUUAAUCGUAUAAUUUCUUAAUUGUAGAAUCUUCUAUUUGUUGAAACGUUGUCGAUUAUUGUAGAAUCGUCACCAGUUACUGCCUAAUUGCGAAACGUUGUUACAAUAAUUCCGCGGUACAUACGUCUAUAGGCAAGUUAAACAAACAGUAUGGUUUCUCUGCUGCGCGACAUUGUAAUAAAAUUGUAAACAGUCUAAUUCAUGUAUCAUACUUAUACACAAACUUUACGUCAUAAAGCAGUGAUUAUGCAAGUA